AUGAUUUCAGAUUCCAUCCCCUUUGAACUCAUCGUCCAGAUAUUGUCGCGAUUGCCUGCAAAAUCAAUCGCUAGGUUUCAUUGCCUGCCGAAGCUAUGGGGUUCCAUGUUUCACCGUCCAUAUUUCACAGAGCUGUUCUUGACCAGGUCCUCAGCUCGUCCACGUCUCUUUUUCGCCAUGGAAAAGAAGGAUCUGUUGCCUCAGCAUCAGAGUCCAUAUGAGAAAUCAUCGUCAUCAUCUCUUGCCAUAGCUGCCGAAUUUCAUAUGAAGUUCCCGCCAGAAAAUAUGUCUAUAUAUUCUCAUCGUAGUGACCAACACUUCGAAUGUGGCUAUGCCUCUGGUUUGAUCUAUUUCUAUGGUAUGAGCGUAAAAGUACAGGACUAUUACAAUAAAGUUCCUGUGAUAUCUGUGAUAUGUAACCCUAAUACAGGACGGUAUGAGACCUUACCUUUUCUUUCAAGGUUUAGAAGGGCAUAUAGCUUUUUCGGGUUUGAUCCGAUUGACAAGCAAUUCAAAGUAUUGUUCAUGGCUAAUAUGCGUGGUCCUGAUCAUCAUAAAAUCCUGACACUAGGAACUGGAGAAAUGAAGUGGAGAAAUAUAAAAUGUCCCUUAAGACAUGAUAAUGUGAGUGGAGGGAUAUGCAUCAAUGGGGUUGUCUAUUACUUGGGUGAUACGUCUGACGUGAUGACUGGUUUUGUAAUAGUUUGCUUUGAUGUUAGGUCUGAGAAAUUCAAGUUUAUUUACCCAGAAAGCUUUUGUGAGCUGAUAAAUUGUGAGCUGAUAAACUAUAAGGGUAAAUUAGGUGUGGUUUAUUAUGAUGAUUACGCUGGUGAUGCCUUGGAGUUUCGUUUGUGGGUUCUAGAGGAUUCUGAGAAACUGGUAUGGUCGAAAUACGACUUCACUUUGAGGGAUGAUAUGCUGUUGACUCAUUACGUUUCCAUCCUUGGAAUGACUGUCACGGGUGAAAUUGUUUUGUCGAUGACAUCUAAACAGCCAUUUUAUGUAUUCUACUUCAAUCCCGAGAAGAACACUCUUCAACGACUUGAAAUCCAAGGUUUUGGUGAUUACCAUGAAGCGUUGUACGGACCUAGUAGAGUCCACGUCUUUGUAGACGAUUGUAGUAGAUUGUACGCCUUUGCAGACCAUGUCGAUGAUCUUAGUGUUAACGAUGCAAAGCUACUCAAGUCAAGCAUCUCUUAG